AUGUCGAACAGUACGGUUCUGAUAAGGAAAAGCAGGAAAAGAGGAUCUUGUACCCUUUCGGGUGCGUCGACGGGGAAGAGGGGAAGACAGCUUGGGAUCCACUCGAUAACCAGCAUCCAGGCGGUUCGCCGCCUAAAUAAUGAAAUUCCAGUCUACCAGUAUUUCGAUUUAUUAGAAAAUACAAUCAAAGAACUUGGAUUAGAGGAUAAACCAUCUCAGAUAUGGAACUUAGAUGAGAGCAGUUUUUGCUCAGACCCUUCAAAAACGAAAAUCGUUGGGCAACGGGGACUGCCAGCUACACGGACAACAAGUCGGCCUGGAAACCAGAAUACCACUGUCUUAAUGUGCUGCAGCGCAAGCGGAGAAAAGGCGCCUACCUUAAUAAUUUUCAAGGGCAAGCACGUCUGGGAUCAGUGGCUUGCACCCUCUGGUAGCGAGUUUCCCGAAAUGACAUAUGCAGCAACCGCCAACGGAUGGAUGGAAAGCACAGUUUUUAAAAACUAUUUUGAAAAAAGUUUCGUUAAGUGUUUGCCUCCAGAAAGACCAGACUUAGUAAUUUACGAUGGUCAUGCGACUCAUUUAAGUGUAGAAGUUGUUAGAAUUGCUAUCGACAACCAGAUAACAAUUUUAAAACUUCCCCCACAUACCAGUCAUAUUUUACAACCACUUGAUUUAAGUGUUUUCAAAUCCCUAAAAACUCAAUGGGAUGCUAAACUAGUAGAAUGGCAGCGUAAGAACGUGGGUAUUAAGAUGCCGAAGAGUAUUUUUAUUGGAGAUAUAUGGAGAGAAACAAAUCCUGAAAUACUUCGAAGUGGUUUUGUUAAAGCUGGGAUUUACCCGCUCAAUCGGAAUGUUGUAGCGACAGAUUUAUUUGAUCCAGUGUCAUUUACAAAGUGGAAGGAAUAA